AGUAGAGCUACCGACCAAAUCCAGUCCUAUCUGUAACAACUAAUCAUUAAACGGCUUGUCUUCCUCACCAACCAGGUCAAAUCCCUCCCCUCACUUCCCCAUCCUCCCUAACUCCUGAUCCUUCCCUCCUCGUCGAAUUUGAAGAACCCCCGAGUCUAUUAAUUGCCUCCCCCUAGCCAUUACUCUUCUUUUUUAUUUAAGAAACUUGAAACACAUAACUGUACAAUAACUUUCCAUAUCUACCCCAUCCAAUCCAAACCCCCCUCCUCUUUAAUUCCCAGACUUCGGAAAAGGAUGGGACGCUCACCUUGCUGUGAAAAAGCGCAGAUGAACAAAGGCGCCUGGACCAAAGAGGAAGACCACCGCCUCAUCAACCACAUCCGCCUCCACGGCGAAGGCUGUUGGCGCUCCCUUCCCAAAGCCGCUGGAUUGUUAAGGUGUGGCAAGAGUUGCAGAUUGAGGUGGAUAAACUAUCUCCGCCCGGACCUCAAGCGUGGUAAUUUCACUGCAGAAGAAGAUGAGCUCAUCAUCAAGCUCCAUAGCAUGCUCGGAAACAAAUGGUCUUUGAUUGCGGGAAGAUUACCGGGAAGAACUGACAACGAGAUCAAGAACUACUGGAACACUCACAUCAAGCGCAAACUCAUCAGCCGUGGCAUCGACCCUCAAACUCACAGCCCUAUCAACGAAAUCUCCGCCACCGCUAGGGCUCCAUCCCACCCAAAUUUCAGGAAUUCCUCUCCACCAUCGUUACCGGUGACCAAAAUCAGUCUCAUGAAUCAGAGUAGCAAUAAGGACAUCAGUAACGGUUUCAGUACCGCCACGACGUUGAAACCGAAGACCGAGUCUAUCGAAGAUGCCAACUGCAGCAGUAGCGGCACAACAACCGAGGAAGAACCACCACGACUACAACAACGACAAAAACCAGAGUCGCAAGAAGUAGCGUUCGAGAGCAAACUCAAUUUGGAUCUUUCUGUAGGGCUUGGGCCGUUUCAGGCGGAGUCGACUCCGGUGGUGUUUGCGAACACGGACGAGUCAAAGCUACAAAAAGCUCCUUACCAGUUGUUUGGGACGGUGCAGUCAGCCAUGGCAGCAAAAGCGGUGUGUUUGUGUUGCCAUUUAGGGUUUCAGAGCAGUGAGUUGUGUAAGAAUUGCCAGAACUCUAAUGGGUUCUAUAGAUAUCACAUAUCUUUGGAUUUGUAGUAAUUUUUAUUUAUUAAUUUUACUUGCUUAAUUUUUUUUA